AUGGAUGCCUCUUCUAGAAUUUCUAAGAUACGUAGCAGUGAACGUGAGAGACUCCGUGGUCCUCAAUGGAUAAAGACAUUGCAGGGAGCAUUGCUCAGCUGUACAUACACUGUACUUGACUAUGCACAAACUGGUUUGAUUGCAGCAGUGUUCUUCUUUAAAUCUGCUGAGGAAAGAAUGUCAGCUCCAACGGUAUAUCCUCCUCCACCGAAGGUAGCCAAAGAAGGGGUACAGUUACCGCCAGAUAGAACAAUUUGCCCCUUGUGCUUGCAGAAACGCGUAAAUCCAUCUGUAAUUACAGUUUCAGGCUUCGUCUUCUGCUAUGCUUGUAUAUUCAAGUUUGUUACUCAGUAUAAGCGCUGCCCAGCAACGACAAUGCCUGCAACAGUUGACCAGAUAAGGAGACUCUUUCAUGAUGUAUAG